AUGUCACGAAUGGUCACAUUGUUCCUGUUAUGCACACUGACUACACUUUGCCUUCCGUUACCGUUUCGACUCACAGGGCAAUUACCGUCAUCACUCAUCGAACGGAUAUCACAGCCAUUUGCCGAUGAGGACGACGUGAUUUUGGUGAUGCCACGAAUUCGAGCACGACGAUCUCAGCCAAUCAUUGACUACACGGACGAGUUUUCUGCGGAUCCGUUCGAGGUGCCAGAGAAUGCCGCUGAACAAAGGAAGAAGACCAUUGUAAUUAUGGGAAUCAUGUAG